CGCGCCGCGGUCCCCGCCCGCCGCCCCGCCAGCCCUGUUCUGCGUCCACCCGGCACCGGCAGCAGCCCAGGCUGCGGCGCGACGGUCCCGCCAUGUCUGCAGCCAUGAGGGAGAGGUUCGACCAGUUCUUGCAUGAGAAGAACUGCAUGACCGACCUCCUGGCCAAGCUCGAGGCCAAGACUGGCGUGAACCGGCGCUUCAUCGCGCUGGGUGUCAUCGGGCUGGUGGCCUUGUACCUGAUGUUCGGCUGUGGAGCCUCUCUCCUCUGCAACCUGAUAGGAUUUGGCUACCCAGCCUACGUCUCAAUGAAAGCCAUAGAGAGUCCCAACAAAGAUGAUGAUACCCAGUGGCUGACCUACUGGGUAGUAUAUGGUGUGUUCAGCAUUGCCGAAUUCUUCUCUGAUCUCUUCCUCUCAUGGUUCCCCUUCUACUACAUGCUGAAGUGUGGCUUCCUGUUGUGGUGUAUGGCCCCAAGUCCUUCUAAUGGGGCUGAGCUGCUCUACAAGCGUAUCAUCCGGCCCUUCUUCCUGAAGCACCAGUCCCAGGUGGACAGUGUGGUGAAGGACCUGAAAGACAAAGCCAAAGAAACUGCAGAUGCCAUCACUAAAGAAGCCAAGAAAGCUACUGUGAAUUUACUGGGCGAAGAAAAGAAAAGCACCUAAGCUCCUAUGUGGCACUUUCCUGUCCUCUCUGUACCUUCCAUGUAGAGCUCGAUGUUACAUUAAGGACUGUGGCAUAACCGUUUUAAUAAUACUGCCUUGGAAACAUUUUUGACAUAUAAAAAAAUGGAAUGUGUUGUAA